AUGUCUACCGGUCGUGACAUUUAUGGUACUGAGCAGGAUCGCGUAAACUGCUCGUUCUACCUCAAGAUUGGUGCUUGUCGCCACGGCGAUCGUUGCUCGCGUAAGCACAUCAGACCCGGGUUCUCGCAGACAGUGCUCCUCCCAAACGUGUACAACAACCCGUCGCACACCACUGAGGGAGCCAUGAUGACGCCCGAGGAGCUACAGGCCGACUUUGACCGUUUCUACGAGGACUUCUUCAUCCAGCUGUGCAAGUACGGUAACGUGCAGGAGAUGCACGUGUGCGACAACGUCGGCGACCACCUCGAGGGCAACGUCUACGUGAGGUAUGAGUGGGAGGCUGAGGCAGCCAAGGCGGUCGACCAGCUCAACAACCGUUGGUACGGCAUGCGUCCGCUGCACGCCGAGCUGUCCCCGGUGAGCGACUUCCGUGAGGCCUGCUGCCGCCAGAACGAACUCGGUGAAUGCAAGCGCGAGGGAUACUGCAACUUUAUGCACCUGUGCCACCCGACCAAAAGCCUGGUAUCCAACCUGCAGGGGAGCCAGCGGAUAUCGCGCCGCAAGGCUGCCAACGGCGGCAUCACAGGUGCCGACACGGGCGAGCUUGGGUGGGUGCCAGGGGCCCGUGGCGGCGGUCCGCCGCAGGACGAGGGGCUUGGCUGGGUGCCAGGGCGGAGGUAG